GGGCGGGGCGGUCCCGUCGCGCGCGGCACGUGUGGGGGCAGCGGGGGCCGCGCCGAGCCGGCCGCCGCCAUGGUGAAGGUGCGGGCGGGCAAGCGGCCGCGGCAGGAGCGCGGGCAGGGCCACGCCAACGGCAUCCGCUUCAACACCGGGGCCGGGCAGCACAUCCUGAAGAACCCCCUCGUCGUCAGCAGCAUCGUCGAGAAGGCUGCCCUGCGACGCACAGAUGUCAUUUUGGAAGUAGGACCAGGAACCGGUAACCUGACUGUAAAGAUGUUAGAAAAAGUAAAAAAAGUUAUUGCUUGUGAAAUUGACCCUAGACUUGUUGGUGAACUUCAGAAGAGAGUCCAGGGCACGUGUCUGGCAAACAAACUUGAAAUCAAGGUUGGAGAUAUCCUGAAAACAGACUUACCAUUUUUCGAUGCAUGUGUGGCUAACUUGCCUUACCAGAUUUCUUCACCUUUUGUUUUCAAGUUGCUGCUUCAUAGACCUUUUUUCAGGUGUGCAAUACUUAUGUUUCAAAGGGAAUUUGCCCUUCGUUUGGUUGCAAAGCCAGGAACUAAACUAUACUGCAGGCUCUCCAUUAAUACUCAGUUAUUAGCUCGAGUGGACCAUCUGAUGAAGGUUGGAAAGAACAACUUCAAGCCUCCUCCCAAAGUUGAAUCCAGCGUUGUCAGAAUAGAGCCAAAGAACCCACCGCCACCUAUCAACUUCCAGGAGUGGGAUGGUCUGGUAAGGAUAGCCUUUGUCAGGAAAAACAAGACACUCUCCGCAGCAUUUAAGUCAAGUGCUGUAGAACAGUUGCUGGAUCAUAAUUACCGAAUUCAUUGUUCCUUACAUAAUACAGAAAUACCUGAAAACUUCAAAAUCGCAGAGAAAAUACAGACAGUCCUAAAAAAUACAGGUUACUCUGAAAAACGAGCCCGUUCCAUGGAUAUAGAUGAUUUCAUUAGACUGCUGCAUGGCUUCAAUUCAGAAGGCAUUCAUUUCUCAUAGAUUCUACUAGAAGAAUGAAAGGUGUUCUGUAUUUUGUCACGAAAGACUAACCUAAGCCAGAGUGACUGCAAUGGAACAAGCUCUUCUCACAAAAGCAGUGAACAGAAUGCAGUUACACUCUGGUUCUUAAUGAAACUUUACAUGAAAUUUUGUCACAGAGAGUAGGCAAGAAGCUGCUGCUUUGUAUUUUAAAAGUGAUAAAUUCUUUCACAACUGAUUGGAGAUGCUGGGCUUCCAUGUGACAGUGUAUUUUCAAAUAUACCCAAUAACAUGGA